CGGACAUAUGAAACUUUCAGCAGCCAUUGAAGCUCAAUACUACCGCAAUGUCAGCUGAAAAGGACGGCUGGGACAUCCCAGAGAAAAACAUACCGGAUCCAGCGACAGAGCCGAGGACGUUAGUCCCAGCCCUUCAACAGCCCGGCCGAUAUCCCCUCAUAGAUUAUGACCCACACAUUAGCAGAGUCAUACGCUACAUGCGGCCUUCAGAUGUCGCGGUCUUUGCAGCGUGUUCAAUUGGCGCACCAAGCGCUCUAUGGGCCCUCGAGAAGGGAUGGCCUACCUUCAACACACGCGGUUCCUUUAUGCGUGUUAUGCGCCUGACUGGAGCCAUUGGUAUCACCGCUGGCUUCCUACUAGCCACGACACGGUCAUCACUACGCUUUUAUGGCCACUCAGAGAACGCUCGUGAAAUCGAGAUGGACAUGCGGGAGAUGACUGACAAGGUCAAGCGCGGCGAGCCUCUGUAUGGUGAAAGCAGACUCUCGGAGUAUAUGCAAGGCAUGGCACACAGGAACUCCCGCUACUCCGCUAUCAUGUCUUUCUGGUUCCCAAUGUUCAACUUCGUCAAUCACCCAUAUCAUGGUGUCGAUACCGCCAAGUACUAUCAAAAUGCCGAAAGGGAAUUGGAAGCUGAGCGAAAGGCUAGGCAGGGCUAAUUUAUUGGGUGAAAGUUGUCAAGAAGAGCACAAUUUUCGUAUCUACCUGUAAAUAUUGGACAAUGCAAGCAAUCUAGAGAAACAAGCCUAAAAGCGAAUAAUCUUUCAAGCUUUUUGCUCGCUUUGAAUUUAGUAUAUAUAUUUCGGACAUGUCUGGUAUCAUCAUAUUCAAGAUGCAAAGACUCAAAAACGUGUAAAAGGCUUAAAAGAACUAGUUGAUUUUCUCAAGUCUUUCCUUGGGAAAACAGUCGUCUCGUCCAACGCACAUCAUGCCAAGGGUAUCAUCGCAUAUGCGAUAACAGC